CGCCUGCGCGGCUGUCGGGGAAAAAAAGGGAAGGGGUCCUAGCCGGCCAGAAACAUUACCCUGCACCGUACACCCUCACCGGCUGCCCGUACGGGGCAAGUAAGUGGGGGGAACCGCAGUUUAGAGGGAGCAGCCCGCUUGUUUACACCGCGACCGGCUGCGUCUUACUCAGGAUAACCCCUUCCGGCGUUCGCUUUGUUUUUUCUUUUUGCCCCCAAGCUUCUAACACUCAGCAGCCUGGGCUGUCAUGGGACUGGACAAUAAACCUCUACAUGGCUGGGUCUCCUCACAGCUGCUACUCCUGCUCAUCACUUUUGCCCGCUGUAGCGUUGCGGGGCAUUCAGGAAACGUCCGUGUCUCGGGUCACCCAGUGGGUUGCGGAGGGAUUCCAGAAGAAAUCAGAGAGCGGAGUGGUAUAAUAACAAGCCCUGGGUGGCCUCUAGAAUAUCCUGCCAAACUCAACUGUAGCUGGUUUAUCCAGGCAAACCCCGAUGAAGUCAUCACCAUCAGCUUUCAAGAAUUUGAUAUCCAAGCAUCGGAAUCGUGCAACCUGGACUGGUUAACAAUUAGUCAAUCUCAAAAUUACGAUGGGAAAAGGGCAUGUGGUUCUACAAUACCGCAGCCGUAUGUCUCCGCGCAGGACCACGUAUGGAUCAAGUUUCAUUCCGACAGUCGUAUUUCUAGAAAAGGCUUUCUCUUAUCCUAUUUCACCGGAAAAACAAAAUGUGCAAGCGACCGGUUUCAUUGUGACAACGGAAAAUGCAUUUCUGAAACGCUAAAAUGUAACCACAUUGAUGACUGUGGCGAUGGAUCUGAUGAAAAAAUCUGUUCCAAAGCUAGUCAUCCAACACUGUCUUCGUUUCAGCCCUGCGCGUACAACCAGUUUCAGUGUCUUUCGCGUUUCACCAAAGGCUACACCUGCCUCCCGAACGCUUUAAGGUGCGAUGGGAAUAUCGACUGCUUGGACUUGGGAGACGAGAUAGAUUGUGAUGUGCCCACUUGUGGGCAGUCGCUGAAAUAUUUCUACGGCGCGUUCAGCUCCCCAAACUAUCCUGAUUUUUAUCCGCCCGGCAGCAACUGCACCUGGCUUAUUGACACCGGGGACAGACGAAAAGUCAUUUUGCGCUUUACGGAUUUUAAAUUAGAUGGCACUGGCUACGGGGACUAUGUCAAAAUAUACGAUGGACUGGAGGAAAAUCCCCCCAAGCUUUUGCGAGUCUUGACUGCUUUUGAUUCUCAUGCGCCACUUACAGUGGUUUCUUCAUCAGGACAGAUUAGAGUCCAUUUUUGUGCUGACAAGGUCAAUGCAGCAAGGGGAUUUAAUGCAACGUACCAAGUGGAUGGCUUUUGCUUACCAUGGGAGAUUCCUUGCGGUGGUAACUGGGGCUGUUACACUGAGCAACAACGCUGUGAUGGAUACUGGCACUGCCCAAAUGGAAGAGAUGAGUUAAACUGUACAAUGUGUCAAAAGGAUGAGUUCCCCUGUUCCAGAAACGGGGUCUGCUAUCCACGUUCAGACCGCUGUAAUUACCAGAACCAUUGUCCAAACGGGUCAGACGAGAAGAACUGCUUCUUUUGCCAGCCAGGAAACUUUCACUGCAAAAACAACCGCUGUGUCUUUGAAAGUUGGGUUUGUGAUUCCCAAGAUGACUGUGGGGAUGGUAGCGAUGAGGAAAAUUGCCCUGUGAUCGUGCCUACGAGAGUCAUCACUGCGGCAGUGAUCGGGAGUCUUAUUUGUGGGCUACUGCUGGUUAUUGCGUUGGGGUGCACGUGCAAGCUUUACUCCCUACGCAUGUUUGAGCGCAGAUCAUUUGAAACCCAGCUUUCAAGAGUUGAGGCCGAUUUGUUAAGAAGAGAAGCCCCUCCAUCCUACGGGCAGUUGAUUGCUCAAGGCUUAAUUCCACCAGUUGAAGACUUUCCGGUGUGCUCACCUAACCAGGCUUCUGUUUUGGAGAACCUGAGGCUUGCUGUUCGAUCACAGCUUGGAUUUACAUCAAUCAGGCUUCCAAUAGCGGGUCGGUCAACUAAUAUUUGGAAUCGAAUUUUCAAUUUUGUGCGAUCGCGUAAUUCAGGAUCUUUAGCACUGGUCUCAACAGAUGGAGAUAAUUCUACUAGCCAGAGCACAAGCAGAGAAACAGAUAGGAGUAAUGCACAUCGAGGACUCUUCUCUGUAGAAUCUGAUGAAACUGAUACAGAUAAUGAAAGGAGAGAUGCACAGGGUGCAGUUGGUGGAGUUGCUGCUCCGUUGCCUCAGAAAACUCCCCCUGUUUCUGCUGUUGAAGCCACAGUAGGUGGGGGUACUUCCAGCCAAACAUCUAACACCAGCACAACCGAUAGCAGGAGAGAUAUCCCCGCCUCAGACCCCCCUGUUGCAAGUCCUGCACGACAGCAGCUUAGUAGCGCUUUUAGUCGAAUGACUCAAGGUUUGCGGUGGGUGCGCAUUACCCUUGGGAGGUCAAGCUCUGCUGGCCAGAACCAAAGUCCAUUGAGACAGCUUGACAGUAGUGGGAGUAGAAGAGAAGAGGACGACGAUGUAGAAAUGUUAAACCCCGCAUUAGACUUUGAUCUCAAUGACUGCACAAGGCCCUUACUGGACCUUGCUUCUGAUCAGGGUCAAGGGACAACUCAAUCUUUUAAUGUAGCGCCUCAAGGAAUGAGGUCAUGCGGCCGCGAUGGUCCAUGCGAAUGCUGCGGUAUUGUACAUACCGCUCGGAUCCCGGAUACCUGCUUGGAAGCUGUUCUCAAGAACGAAACUAGUGAUGAUGAAGCAUUGUUACUAUGUUAGACAUGACGGUCAUUAAUACAAGUUGGAGCAAUACUAGUCAAUCUUUUUAUACUUUGCAAAAUGUAUAGCCCUUUGAUGGUCCGAGGAAAGAGCCAAGCGUCGGUUUUGCUGCUCGCCCUCCUGCCAUUCAUAUGGGAUAUGCUUGGAAUUGUCAAGUGAAAAACAUUUAAUGCGGGCUUGAGUUACUGAUUGGUACUAUCGCUUAUCCCGCUGAAUGUUGCAAGCCGUUAUUUGCAUACAGCUACAGAAGAUUCCUUUUUAUAGCCUCUUUAUGCCGGUACUGGAUUAGAAUAUAGUUUACACUAUAGAAAUGGGUAGCUGUAUGUAAAUAAAUGGCUCUGUCAGUGUCCGUAAAUUUCACACACAAAAAUAAAUAUUCUGAAAGAAAGAAAA